AUGAAGUUCACCUGGAGCAUCGCCAGCGCGGCUCUGCUGGCCACCCGCGCCCAGUGCGAGAUCCUCUGGGACGGCCGCUUCAACGACAUGACGGCGUCGACCGACCUCGACAAGUGGUCCUUCAGCAAUGCCGUUGGCCCCUACCAGUACUACAUCCACGGCCCCGGCGAGACGACCGAGUACGUCAACCUGUCCGAGGACUUCAAGAACCCGGCCGACACGGCCUCCAAGCAGGGCGCCAAGAUUUCCCUGACCAGCACCGCCUUCUGGAACGGUCAGAACAUGCGCCGCACCGAGCUGAUCCCCCAGACCAAGGCCGCCAUCGCCAAGGGCAAAGUCUACUACCACUUCUCCCUGAAGCGCUCCGACACCAACGCCCCCUCCCUCAGCAAGGAGCACCAGAUCGCCUUCUUCGAGAGCCACUUCGUCGAGAUGAAGUCGGGCUGGCAGAGCGGCGCCACCGGCACCGAGGACCCCCUCCUGCGCUGGGUCGUCGGCGGCAAGACCGAGUGGAGCGUCAACUGGGAUGCCGACGUCUGGCACAACGUCGCCUACGAGAUCGACUUCGACGCCGGCUCCGUCGGCUUCUGGCACUCCACCGGCUCCGAGGCCUUGACCCAGGUCGUCGCACCCGUCACCGCCGCCGCCUCCAGCAACGGUGCCGACUGGCACGUCGGUGUCCUCGAGCUCCCCAGGGACGGCUACCCCGACGAGACCGAGGACUUUUACUUCUCCGGAGUCUACAUCGAGGACGGCGAGCUCACCACCUCCGUUGGCUCUGGCGCUGCUGGCUCCGGCUCCGGCUCCGGUUCCGCCGCCCCUGUUUCCUCGGCUGCUCCCGCCGUCACUUCUGCUCCUGCUGCCGCCGCCCCUACCUCAACUGCUGCCCCUACCUCCACCGCCGCUCCCGUCUCUUCCGCGGCCCCCGUCUCCUCUGCCGCCCCCGUAGAGUCUGAGGCCCCCGUCGCGACCCCCGUGUCGUCCGCUGCCCCCGUCGUCACCGAGGAGCCCUCCGCCCCCGCUGCCACCACCAGCUCUGCCCCCGCUGCCACGGCCAGCGCCAAGCCCGCUUGCCGUCGCCGUCGUCGCCGCAACCACCAGAAGCGCAACUAA